AUGUCCUUUGCCAGAGCAGCUCCCCUGCGUUCCGCCCUCCGAUCCUCGGCGCGCCGGACCAUCCGUCCCCAGUUCCGUUCUCAGGUUGGCCAGAGGACCUACGCCAGCCAACAUGGCGCGAAGCCCCAGAGCGAGCUCCCACUCGCCAUUGGCUCAGUAGUCUUCUUCGCUGCGGGCCUGGCCGUAAUCCAGCCGUGGAGCGCUCCCGCGCCGGCCAAGGGCCACGGCGGCGCUCAUGCCAAGCAUGACGAGGAGGAGAAGCACGAUGAGCCCGAGGAGAAGGAGGAGGAGGACUCCAAUUCUGAGGACAAGGAAGAGUCAAAGCCCGAGGAGAAGGAGGACGGCAAGUCUGAGGAUAAGAAGGAGCCCAAGGAGGAAAAGAAGUCUGACGACUCCGAGGAGAAGCCCAAGGAGGAGUCUAAGGAGGAUAAGUCCGGGGAUAAGCCCAAGGAAGAGUCCAAGGACGAGAAGAAGGGCGAGGAUAAGGAAGAAAAGUCUGAAGACAAGAAGGAAGAAUCUGAAGACAAGAAGGACAACAAAUCUGAAGAUAAGAAGGAAGGCAAGCCUGAGGAUAAGAAGGAGAAGUCCGAGGACAAAGAGGGAGAAAAGUCCGAAGACAAGAAGGAAGACUCCAAGGAUGAGAAGAAGGAGGACAAGAAGGAGGAUAACUAA